AUGGACAACACUAACAAGUGCAAAAAUUGCCAGAAUUCCAUUACAGAGGGCCAGGCGUACGAGCUGGGCGGCGAGAGAUGGCACAUAGAGUGUUUCCGGUGCUCGAAGUGCGAUAAGGAGCUCGGAGUCAACUCGAACUUCCUGAUGCUGGGAACGGGCUCGCUGGUGUGCUCCGAAUGCUCCUACUCGUGUAAAUCGUGCGGCAAGAAGAUCUACGACAUGGCAAUCCUUACGGGCGACCAGGCAUACUGCGCGAACUGCUUCAAGUGCAAGUCCUGCAAGCGCCCUAUCGAGGAUCUGCGCUACGCGCGAACCUCCAAGGGCCUGUUUUGUAUGCCGUGUCACCACAAGCUGGUGGAGCGGAAACGCAAGUACGAGGCGAUCAAGUCGCGCAAUUUUGGUUCCUCGCUAGAGCCGCAGUCGUCCGCAGACACCGUGCCGUCUGACGAGAAAAGACACCUAGACGAUGAUCUGGACGACAGCAAGCCCCUUUCUGCCACGGAAAAGGUGCAAGUGGCGUCUCCUCCCAAAGUCACCAAAAGUCCUGUCUUGCAGAAGGUGGAGAGGUCUCCCAUCGCGAUCGAGCGGGAACGGCCGGAGGAGCUGCUCACCAUCCCGUUGCGUUCACCAAAUAGAGGCCAACGCUCUCCCAACAUUCAGCCCGUGGCGGCGUUCACGUCGCCCAAAGUUGACGGACUGUCCGAAACCAACAUGAUGACGCUUACGCCGCUCAAAGCGGACCGGUCUCCGAUCACAAUGACCGGCGUUGUCUCGCCUGGGAACAGAAAUGCUUUUAUAUUUGAGCAGGAGCAGGAGCCGGAACCUGAGUCGUUUGUCGAUCUGAGCGACGACGAAACCGACGAGUCGGACGAAAACCCCAAAGAGGCCCCUAACCCGGUGCGCUCGCCAAGCAAGAGGCCCCCUACCGGCACUAUACCACACGCACCCGAGAGACAGAGCUCGUCGCCGUACAGGGGACUCAACAUUUCCGGCCUCCAGCUGGCCGAUGACGAUCAGCGCCAGCACGAGUUGCCAGGGGAAGUCAGCAGGGACAAGGAGAACACAGGGUUUCAUUCGCGAAAGUCGUCAGGUGGUUUCAGUCGGUCGUUGUCCAUCAAAAACGUUUUCCAUAGACACAAGAAGAGCAACAGCGGAGCCGGGCUGGAGCAUGCCAGGACCCAGACCUUGCGCGAUGCGAGCCCCCCCCCACUGGACCAGGACGAGCUCCUCAAGACCCCCGACUUCGGCUCGCCGUUGCUCAGCCAUAAGCGCACCCAAUCAGAUCUCACCACGAAUCCGUUUUCUCUGCACCUGAGAUCUCGCUCCGACGUCGUUUAUGAGGAAUAUCAGCCGGAAGCGCAGAUACUUCAGGUGGACAAGCAGCUCAAGGAGCUCAAAAGCGAGCUAGCAUCACUUACGAGCGCAAAGGCGAACUUGAUGCGGGACAUCCAGUCGCUGACCGCUGAGAAAACCGGAUUAGAGGAAGAGAUCGCUGUUUUGAGAGAACAGAAGGAGAAGCUGGAGACAGAUACCGUGGCGGAGUCCAAGGAGUCGGAGUCCACCGACUCGCCGUCGUUUGCACAGUCGGACGACACACUGCCCCAGCUGCCGUCCAAGAUCUCUCUGCAGUCAAGGAAGAUGGGCUCGACAGAGGAAUUGGGCGACAAGCCUAAAAAGGGAGGCUUUAUCCGGCGCAUAUUUGGUGCAAACGGCACACAGACGUCGCAGCAGAACAACUACAUGAUCGGGUCUCCUUCGGUCCAGGAUAUUGGGUCGCCACGGAAUUUCAGACAGAUGGACGACUCUUUCAACACGUCGCAGGAAGAUAUCGAGGAGAGCAAGCCUGCGAGCGGUCUUUCGGCGAUGAUCAAGUCAAGAUCGUCCAACUUUUUGCGCGGAAACGCGUAUCCGUUGGGCAAGUCGUUGUACCAGUGCACGCUGCAGGAACGUGCCGAGCUGGAGCUGCGAACGGUGCCGUUCGUAUUCUCGUGCUGUUUAUCAGAAAUCGAGGCGCGUGGAAUACGGGAGGGAAUCUACAGAGUGAGCGGAUCGUCGGUAGCGAUUGACAAGAUCGAAAAAUAUUUCGAGACUGUGGAAGUCUCCAACGAAAAGGACGUUAGUAAGGCGCCAUCCGUCCUAGAAGGCGAUAUAAAUGCUGUGGCGGGAAUGCUAAAGAGAUACUUGAAGAAAAUUCCGGAUCCCGUGAUACCGUUCAAGAAUUAUGAACAAUUCAUCGAGGUGUCCAAGAUCCAGAACGAGGCAGGCAGGUUUGCAGGGCUAAAAACGUUGCUCAACGACCUGCCUGAGGCGAACUUUCUGGUGCUCUUCCAGCUAGCAAAACAUAUGGGCGUGGUGGUGCGCAACUCCAAAAUCACGAAGAUGACGUACAGCUCGCUGGCCACGGUGUUUGCGCCAACGCUGGCUCGCGACAACACGUUCAACCCGCAGCGAGAGAUUCUCGACAACGGAGCCAAGACCGCCGUGACCGAGUUUCUGUUCCGCCACCACGAGGAUCUUUUCAGGCGAGCCGUGGCCUAG